AGCUCAAAACCUCAUUUGCAAUCAUGGCUGAGCCUCAACCGCCUGCCGCAACCACCGAUGGGGAACCUCCCAAGGAGCCUUCCAAGAACGCCUUGAAGAAGGCUCAGAAGGAGAAGGAAAAGGCUGAGAAGAAAGCCGCCGCCAAAGCCCGCGAACUCGCUGAACGCACUAAACAACAAGCCGCAGCCGCCGAAGACAUUUCUAAGGACGCGUACGGCGAGCUCCCCCUUAUUGGAAGCAAGGACUUCAAACCCACUGGUGCUCAGCGCUCCGACCUUUCCGACAUCGCCAGCCUGGAAGAUAAGGAGAUUGUCUUCCGAUGCUGGGUUGAGAACGCGCGGCCGCAAGGCGCAAAACUCGCCUUCUUGAAUCUGCGCCAGGGAUUGAACACGGUGCAGGCUGUUGUUGCGGCGAGCGAGACUCUAAGUAAGCACAUGGUUAAGUUCGCGCAGAACGUAAGCACGGAGAGUACGCUUGUUGUUACUGGGACGGUCAAGCGAGUGCAAGAGCCUAUCAAGAGCGCUACGAUUAAGGACUUUGAGAUCCAUGUUUCGAAGCUUUUCGUCGAGGCGAAGGCCCAUGUGCUGCCGCUGCAGGUCGAAGAUGCAGAGAGACCUUUGCCAACGGAAGGGGCGGCAGAGGAAAUCAAAGAAGGGGAGGGUCGGCCGUUGGUAGGAUUGAAUACACGAUUGAACCACAGGACGAUUGAUCUCAGGGCGAAGAUCAAUCAUGCCAUCUUCGUUAUCAAGAGCGGAGUUUGCACGCUUUUCCAGGAGUUCUUAGGCCAGAGGGGAUUCGUGCUAAUACAGACGCCGAAGAUUUUGGGGGCGGCGUCAGAGGGAGGAGCGAAUGUAUUUGAGGUCAAGUACUUCGACAAAAAGGCUUUUUUGGCUCAGUCGCCUCAGCUGGCAAAGCAGAUGUGUAUUGCAUCGCGCUUCCAAAGGGUCAUGGAAAUUGGGCCUGUCUUCCGCGCCGAGAACUCUAAUACUGCUCGUCAUCUCACCGAAUUCACGGGUCUGGAUCUUGAAAUGGAAUUCCAGGAAAACUACCACGAAGUCAUGGGACUCUUGGAAGACCUCAUGCUCUUCAUCUUCAAGGAGCUGAAUAGCCGCUACAAGAAGGAAACGGACCUCGUCCGCAGCGUGUACCACGUUGAAGACUUCAAGCUCCCCGAGUCUGGGAAAGUGCCUAGGAUCCCGUUCACGGAGGGUAUUAAGAUGUUGAGGGAGGCAGGCGAGGACUUGAAUGAUUACGAUGAUUUGACGACGCCGCAGGAGAAGCAUUUGGGAAGAUUGGUGUUGGAGAAAUAUGGCAGCGACUUUUAUACGCUCGACCAAUUCCCCCUCGCCAUCCGCCCCGCCUACACCAUGCCCUCUCCCCACGACCCCAAGCUCUCAAACUCCUACGACAUGUUCAUGCGCGGUCAAGAAAUCUUGUCGGGCGCCCAACGUAUCCACGACGCAGACCUUCUUGCCAAGCAGAUGCGCGCUCACGACCCGCCUAUUGACCCUGAUGGCCCCGGGAUGAAGGACUAUGUAGAUUGCUUUAGGUAUGGAUGUCCGCCACAUGCUGGUGGUGGUUUUGGGUUGGAGAGGAUUGUCCAGUUUUGGCUUGGGUUGCCCAAUAUUAGGAUGACGAGCUUGUUCCCCAGGGAUCCGCAGCGGGUGGCGCCUUAGAUGGACAAGAAUUUCUGCGUGAUGCAGAUGAAUGGGCGUGGCGUCUAGUUGAGCAAUGCACACAAUAAGGGAAAAGGACAAGGAAAUGCAAUGGUAUAGAGUCAUAUAAGCGGAAGGCUCGUCAAUUUUCAUGAUUUAAGAUGUCAUCAGGCCUC